UCAUUGUUAGUACUGGGCUGUGCUUUCUCCCUUCGCUUCCUACACACACAAGGCGAGGGGAGCUCAAGACACACUGAGGGCUUACAAAAGCAUCCCUGCAUCCUUCCCUGCAGAAACACCUCUCAGGAUGGCAGAGUCAUCUGUAACCCUCGAGGAAGUUGAGAAGUCCUUCCAGAAAUUUGCGGUGCAUGGAGACACUAAGGCCACUGGGAAGGAAAUGAAUGGGAAGAACUUUGUAAAGUUAUGCAAGGACUGUCGCAUCAUUGAUAGCAAGAAUGUCACCAGCACAGAUGUGGAUAUCGUUUUUAGCAAAGUCAAGGCAAAGACCGCAAGGGUGAUCACCUUUGAGCAGUUCAACCAGGCCCUGAUUGAGCUGGCACCUAAGCGCUUUAAAGGCAAAGCCCAGGAUGAGGCCCUGCAGCUCAUUUAUGCUUUGAUUGCAGGCAAAGAACCUGCCAACAUGGGAAUCACUAAAGUGGCCAAGACAGGAGCUGUGGACAGACUAACAGACACGAGCAAGUUCACAGGGUCACACAAGGAGCGCUUUGAUGAGACUGGAAAGGGUAAAGGCAAGGCUGGCAGGGAAGACAUACACGACAACAGCGGAUACGUGGCUGCCUACAAGGAACAGGGCACCUAUGACAAGAAAAUGAAGGAAAAGGAGUAAAAAACAGCAAUGAAGUGAAGAAGCAGUCUCACACUCCUACCUUUCUGGACACUAACUUCGCUAUUUAAAAAAAAAUCAUUAAAAAAAUUAUAUACGUUACUGAGGUAAAAGCUGUAUAUAAAUGUCAUUAUACAAUAUUUUAUUACAAUAUUUCAAGCCUCUGCCAGUAGGAUUUAACCAGACAUUAAUUUCAGCCUGAAAAAACACAUACAUACUAGAGACAUUAGGAAAAAAGAGAUCUAAAUAUUAAGUUACUUAAACUCUCGAAGUGUCAGUGUUAACAUCUCAAUGAUGCAUCAUCAGAAAAUGUACAAAAUACAGUACUCUUGUUUUAAAAUGUAGUCAUUUUAUAAGGGUGAAUUUGUAGAAUAUUUUGUUUUUCAUUAAAAUGAAUUCUAUACAGAAGAAACAGCAUAUCAAACAUUUUAAACAAUUCACUGAGCUGCCUUUAACUGAGUUGAACAUUCUGUUGCAAAGAUGUAUAUUUUUUGUUAAACUGCAACUUUUAACUGAGAGAAUAUUAGCUAUUAGUAGUGCAUUAUAACAAUAUAAAAAUAAAAUCAAGCAAUGGAAUAUCCACGGUCAUAUUUCUGCACAGCAAUGGAGAAUUACACAAAAUAAAUACUUAUUCCAAGGACAUUUCACGGCAUGCCACGGAGAAUGAAUGAAUGAAUGAAUGAAUGAAUGAAUGAACUGGCAGAAAAAUACUGUGAUAAUAUACAUGCUAAACGGGAACACAACAGUACAAGCUUCACAAAAUUUUCGAUGUCUGAUGUUAUGGAUCCCAAGUCAAGCUUAUCAUCUGAUUUAUGAUUGAAAAACCUUGAAAAGGUCAAUUACUGUAUUGGAAAUGGACAACAGAGGAAAAGCUGUCCUUAAAAACAAUGAAAAAAUAUCAUAGAAAUGAAUAAGCCCCCUGUGAAGCGGUGUCAGCAAAAAUGUUUGUUGUGAAUUUUACAAAGCUAAUAUUUAUGGUUGACUUGUUUGGAAACUUCUUGUGUCUAAAAGCAAUAAAUAAAAUUUAUAACCCGGAAUUAUGACUAUAAAACUUGGGUAACCACGCAAUGGGAAAACUAUUAGUCGAGUGAGACAUUUUAUUUUUUCCUAGAGCUAGAAGACUUUAUCUUUAGAGAAGGACAAAGGAUUCCUUUUGCCCAAACUGUGUUGCAAAAUAUUUGUGAAACAUUAUGAUUUCUGGUGGCCAUCCAUCUCGGUCCACUUAUUACAUCUAAAGAUGGCUUUGCAGGAUCACAUAUCAGCCAAGGAAAAUGAGGCCAAUUUAGGUUCCCCCUGUGUGCACCCUGCCCUCUUUCUUCCAAGAUUUUCCAUGGUCUAUAAUAAUACCCUCAUACACAGUGUGAAAUGCAUUCAAGGCUGGUUUCAUGAGAACCAGAAUGAAGUCUAACAUCUUUCGAGCACAAUCAUAAAAUCUAAGCCCUUACCAAACAUUCAUGGGUAGCUGUAAAACAUUUCAAAGAAACUCACAUUUAUUUCUUGAAGAAUUUUCCACCACCUUGCUACAGAGAGUUCAGGCCUUGAAUGACACUGCUCCAAGAAGGAUGGGCCGAGUGACUGAGGCAUAGUGAUCCAACACCUUGUUAGUUCUAUUACCCUUCAGUUCUGCGUCAAUGUGUAAAUG